AGCACUGCUGCUUCAGCUCCUGUGAUCUCGCUGAUGUUCUACACAGCUACAGAUGUUCAAGGGUCCUUGCAGGCUCAUGUAGAGGAGAAAAAUCGCUUGAGCACUGUGACUGGAACAUCUGAGGAGCUUGGCAACUUCAAGAUCACAUUUGGCAAGCCCACUGCAGGGGAAGGUGCUAGUGGCAAAUAUGCCAGAUAUAAUUACUUGCAAACUAAGAGCCCUGGCCUUGAUAAGCUAACAGAUAUAGUGAAGAACAGCCUAAAUCACAAGUUUGAUUUCAGUCCUCCUAAAGGUGAAAAAAGAUUUUAUUUUGCUGUGGAUUCUUACAAAGUCACUAACCACCAGAACCAACAGAAAGAUCUUAAGAUGGAGAGUGAUUUAGUGGUGCAUCAAGUAACAGUUCAAACCCCUUUCCAGAUUGAAGUUUUGUUUGAAUCCGGGAGCUUCCGGGAACGACCGAAUCAACUUGUGGGCUCGACGCUUACAGAUGAGCUGGAGAAGCGUAAGGUGGCAUUUGACGAGAAGUUUGAGAGUACAUUUGGCCUCCAAGCUAAAGGGUUCACAUCUUCACAGAUUAAAUUUGCUAAGGCAGCUUUAAGCAACAUGCUUGGUGGCAUGGGAUAUUUUUUCGGACAGUCGGUGGUACAAUCGGUUUAUAAUGAGCACCCUGUGCUUUACCCUGAGGGUCUGCUGUUUACGGCAGUACCAUCUCGCUCUUUCUUUCCAAGGGGCUUUCUUUGGGAUGAAGGAUUUCAUCAACUUCUCAUCCGCAAAUGGGACACUCAGUUAACAAAGGAAGUCAUUGCACACUGGCUUGAUCUUAUCAAUAUAGAGGGCUGGAUCCCACGCGAACAAAUCUUGGAUGAUGAAGCACGCAGCAAAGUACCGUCCGAGUUUAUAGUGCAGCACAACGAAAACGCUAACCCGCCCACGCUCUUCCUGGCCCUACAGGAGUUACUAGAGCAGCUGAAUGCUCAACCAGAGUUGUCUCAAACCAUGAUUCCUUUCCUGAGAAGGUUGUAUCCAAGACUGCAGAUUUGGUUUGAGUGGUUUAAUACCACACAAGCUGGACCAAUGGCCAACUCCUACCGCUGGCGAGGCCGGGACAAAGACACCAACCUUUUCCUAAAUCCCAAGACCCUGACCUCUGGCCUGGACGACUACCCAAGGGCUUCCCACCCAUCUGCUGAUGAGAGGCAUGUGGACUUGUAUUGCUGGAUGACCCUGGCCUCUGGCAUCAUGGCAAAUGUAGCACGAAUACUUGGGGAACCCCACCUGGUGUACGAAAACACCCACCGUACUCUCAGCAAUAAUGACCUGUUAAACAAACUGCAUUGGUCCGAGAAUCUGCACGCCUUCAGUGAUUAUGGAAAUCACACCCAGGCGGUCUCACUUCAGCAGGAGAAAGUGUUCGUGCCUCCUGGACAACCACGGCACCAGUUCCCAGUCACACGGUUGGUUCGCUCUGUUCGUAAAGCCCCUAAGCUCCAGUAUGUGAAUGCAUUAGGCUAUGUUAGCCUUUUUCCGUUCUUGCUACAAAUUCUGACACCAGAUACGCCAAAAAUAGAGCAUAUUUUGCAGGACAUUCAAGAUCCUGAACGCAUUUGGACACCCUAUGGCCUGCGCUCGCUCUCGCACUCCGAUCCCCUCUACAUGAAGAGGAACACGGAACACGAUGCCCCCUACUGGCGAGGACCGAUCUGGAUCAACAUAAACUACCUGGCAGUUAGAGCACUGCAUCACUAUGGCAGCAUCGAAGGGCCAUACAAAAAGAAGGCAGCUACCCUAUAUCAAGAUCUCAGGACUAACCUUAUCAAUAAUGUUUACAAGCAGUAUAUGGAAACUGGAUACAUCUGGGAACAGUACAAUGAUAGCACUGGAAGGGGGCAAGGUAGCCACCCCUUUACUGGCUGGUCGGCUCUGACUGUACUGAUAAUGGCUGAAGAGUAUUAAAAAUCAGUAGCAGGCCAGAAUCAGAAUGAUAAAUCAAGGUCAACUGGUGCCAUAUGUUUAUUACAACAAAGUGUAAUUCAUUUUUACAUAACUUAGAUGGAUUUUUUUAUUUGUUAAUUUAAUAUAAUAAUGAAGAGUCCUCUUUAAAUAUUUCCGUUUUACGUCCAGUUAAAUGUGAUUAUAUCCUCAGGUUCGAAAAGCCAUGGGCUUUUUCUGGAUCAGACAAAACAGUAUCAUCUGUGUGAACCAGGAGGAGACUGUGCACUUAUUUUGGUCCAUUGCUGUUUGGCUUCAUUUAACAGAAUAAAUUAAAAACGUCCUAUAAAAUCAUUCUUCAGAUGAAUUGAAUCCUAUACUUUAUAUUACAAUCAUAUCUCUUUAUGGAUGGUGUUUUUAAAAAAAGUGUUAUGUAAUUUACUUUGAUUAUAAAUAGGGUUGGAGAUUUGCUCUCUUUCUACUGUAUAUAAUUCAUGUGUUAGAAUUUGAAUUGAAUUGGCCACAAUUCACAGCAAGUUGAAUUGCAAUGACAGAAAAAGUAAUAUGCUGAAUUGAUUCUUUCUGUUUGUAAGGUCUAGACAUUUUAAAACUUUUUUUUUUUCAAACAAGCCUUUGUCAUGCCAGCAUUCUAAGUUAGUCUUAACAAUCUUUACUUUUCUGCUUAAAAAAUACACUUAAACUUAUCUCAGUUCAGUUUAAUUGUACUUUCUUAACAAUUUUAGUUAGACGUGUAAAAACAUUUGAAGAAAUGUUCAUAUACUAAGUACAACAACAACAAAACAAGUUUAAAUAUGAAAGUUGAUAUUGUUUUGCAGGAAAGUAUAUAUUCUCUGUCUGUGUCUACAUGAAAUUUUAUUCUGUUUCAGGUAGACAGUCUCCGUUUUCUUUUAGUCAUAAAAAUGAGUAAACAUAAGGUAGGUGUUUGUGCAGAAACCCUGUCAACAUUUCUUGCCAGAUUGUCAAAUGAAGACUAGUGGUUGAUUUCUCUUCUGCAUAUAGUUUACAUUCAGAGUGUGGUUCUUGCUUCUUAUGCACUAAUGCUAACACUGAAGAAUACAUUCUAUUUUUACAGAGGAUUGAGAGGUGGCAUUUUAAACGGUUCAACGUGAUGGACCAGUAACCCUGUGCCAGUGUGAGAGUGUUUCAGGCCAGUUGACAGAACACUUGAUCUUUCCAGCCAGUUCUGUGUUGCCACUGAAAACGUUACAUUCAUUUAUCUUGAACAUCCUUUUUUUAUGGCUUACAUUGUAUGCAUUGUACAAUGCAAAAAUGACUUGUGAUAGCCUUGGAAGCAUCAGCAAGAAUAUGUUAAACUACAAACCAAUCUGUAAUUUUUUAAGCAUUGUAUGACAUUGUUUUCCAGAUUUUUUUUUAUUUUUAUGAAUA